AUGGGUAAGAUCAAGGUCUUCCCCACCCCAGAGUACCGGAGCAAGCAACCCCACGACCCCGUGGUGCCCCAACUCCCCGCCACCGGAAUUCUACUUGGCCCCAGCAAAUCGGGCAAGACCGUGUCCCUGAUAUCCAUGAUUCUCGAGCAGUACCGCGGCUGUUUCGAGCGGAUCUACCUGUUCAGCCCCAGCAUCAUGGUCGAUGAUGGCUGGAAACCCGUGAAGCAGUACAUUGAGGAAACUAUGAAAGUUAAUACGGAUCGCGAACAGGUCUACUUCGAGAACUGGGACGAGGCGGCCCUGCGGCGCAUCAUAGACCAGCAGCGGAAGAUCACGCAGGUGUCCAAGCAGAUGAAAAUGAAACAGCUGUACCAGAUCCUGAUCCUGAUCGACGACUUCGCUGACAGCCCCAACCUGCACAAGCGGACCGGUGACUCGGCGCUGGACACCCUUUUCGUGCGAGGCCGGCACUUUCAAAUCUCCACCUGGGUCAGCACCCAGAAGCUGCGCCUCAUCAGCAACGCCGUCAGGGUGAACGCUCAGUUCUUCAUGAUCUGGCGCCUGCGGAACCAACUGGAGAAAGACAGCCUUUUAGAAGAGCUCACGGCCCUAGUCCCCAAGAAGCAACUGGAGGCCAUGUACGAAGAGGCCGUAAGGGAGCCCUACAGUUUGAAAAGCGCUUUCAACUCGAUGGGCGGCCUCCUGUCAGCAACAAUGAACAAGCUGCUGGGGAGCAGCACACUCUUCCAAAGUGAGUGUCGCAACGUCAACUGCUGCACAGGUCUCCCCAGGGUCUACGAUCCCACCAGGCCUCCCUGGAUGCAACAGCCGCCGCGGUCCUGCUGCCCGCCGCUUCAGCCCAGAACAGGAGCGGACAAUUCAGACGAUUCCAUGCUGCCUGGAUGGAGGGCGCAGCGGGCCGCCUACAAGAAACUCAAGCUCAUGACCAGUAUCUGGGUGGACAGCAGAAAAAGAGUCGCAGGUACAGACGCCGAUUUCGAGUUUGACAUCGGGCAGACCGUUCACCUCCAGAACUCGGCACGCCUGUCAGUGUUCAAGAUCAGGGUGGCUGACACCUUCCUGUCCACUGACCGAGGCGUUUACCUGUACUGGAAAGAUCAGGCCCUGGGCACCCUGAACUGGGCUCAGCUUCCGGUGGGAGCCUACACAGGAACUCGGCUAGCGGCCUGGAUCAGCAGCAACUUCGCCACUGCCAGCUACGUGGAAGCCACAAACGAGAUCGGCGUAGCCUACGAUGGGAACCGAACCAGCCUCAACGACCAGGAGCUUCGCAACGGAUUCCCCAACUCUGGUGAUUACCCCGCCGGCGCUCGACCCUCCGACCCACAAAGCAUCAACCAUCUCCUGGGGCCUGGCUUCAUCGAUGGGUCCCUUCAGAUUUUCACAUUCGUUCAGAUGAUGCCCUACAGCGAGCUCUACCUCCGCUGCAGCAGCCUGGCCAACGCUGCCGACACCGUUGGGCCCCUGGGACACGACAUCAUCGCAAAGAUCAUCUGCAAUCGAGGCGUUGGCUACAUCAUGGAGAGUAGCACUGAUGAGAACCAUCAGGUCACGAUCCGCGGGCCCAUCACGCUGCGGUACUUACGUUUUCGGCUCACGGAUAUCGAUAACAGAGACAAGGCGCCAGAUGAGGCUCCAAAGAAGAAGCGAGGAAAGCAAAGGACAAUGAUGAACCUCGAAGCAAGGAACGAGCCGCAGAUGCUGCGGCAGUUCUGGAAGAAGUACCCCUCCUAUAACCUUAAUGCGCUGAUGCGACAGAGGUAUGAGGAGCUUUUAGACGCAAAAGCUUUUCAUGAGUGGCUCCAGAAUCGCCAGCUGAAGCAGCAGGGCGAGGAGUACGUCGACGCCAUGGGCAGGAUGGCUGAAGCCGUCAAUCGAAGAGCGCCGCAGCUGCGGUGGGCUGGUGCCGAGCGAGUGCAGGUCCAAAGGGCGAGCCGACAGCUCAUGGAGAACGUCCUGCAGUACAUCGAAGAGGGCGAGCCUCUGGGUGUGCCCCUGCCCAAGCGAAACGCCAGCAGACCUUUCCCACAGAUGAGGCGCCCCGCUUUCCUCCCCGACACAGACACUGAAGACGAGGCUUAUCGAAGGGAUGGUUUCGAUCCACCCAGGCCUCCCGACCCAGGCCAGCCCAGCAGCAGCUUCAGCGGUCGGGCUGCCGAGGCUGUCGCUGCUGGAGCCGCGAGCAUCAUCGCUUCGGGCGCUAGCGGCGUGGGCCUGGCUGCGAGGGAUUUCGGCUUCAGGAAUGCCACCAGGGCGGCGAACGCUGUGGAGCAGCGGGUAUUCCCGCAGAUCCUCGGCCGCCCCACAGAUGCGCAGCGUGUCAUCGAGCAAGCCGGGCAGAGAGCACAAGAAGUUCAACGGGCCGCGGCUCAGGACAUCGAGCAGUUUGCUGCUGAACAAGCUGCCGCUGAAACGGGUGAGAUCACGCCUCUGCUGGCUGAAACGGGUGCCGCAGCAGCAGGCGAAGCCGCGGGCGCGGGGGCCUUGGAAGUUUUGGGCGGUGCUGUUGGCGCGGUACUGGCGCCUGAAGUUGCGAUUCCCGCUGCUAUCGGACUGGCUGCGGGCGCAGGUGGUGCUUUGGCCGCUCGAUCAGAGGCUGGCACUCAAACGGAGCCUCCCAGAGGCAGUGGGAUAGCGGCCCUUGCAGGUGGAGCAGUGGAAGGAGCUAGAGCCGGUGCUUCCGCCUUCCCGGCAGCCCGCAACGUUGGCAGAGCUGGAGGGGCCGCGGUGGGCGGGCUUGGCGCAGCAACGUUGGGUCUGGGGCUCGGUGCCGUGGGCGGCGCCUAUGAAGGCGCAAGAUUUGUGUUGGGAGGCAACGGGGGCGACGCCGUCCAAUCAUCGUCAUCAGAUGCGCCCGAUGUAAGGACGCUCAACAACAUGCAACAAGGCAACCCACAGGAACGCAUCAGCCUGAGGCAGCCGCGGGUCCAGCAGCCGAUGGUGUCCAGAAUGGAUGCAGAUUCAGACGAUGCGCCUCUGGCCCAACAGCAAAGUCAGCCCAGACCACAGGUGAGUUCCCGGCCCAUCCAGAGGCCCUUCGGCCUGGGCGGCGGGUCCUUGCCCCAGCAGAGCAGCGGAAGCGAUUCCAGCAGCCGAGCAAGGCCGCAAAGGCCUGCGAGACUGGAGCCCUCUUUCAAUGAGCUUCGCCGAGAGGCCUUGGCAAGGGACCCCGAACUAGCCUGA